AUGGAAAAAGGAAAAAAAAAGUAUACAAAGGAAAAAAAAAGUAGUGUUUUUAGUCCCAUUUUAAGAAGUUCAAUAUUAAUCUUUUUAGUAUGGAUAAGACAGUGUUCAAACAAUGAUGGGUUCUAUAAAGGUUCAAAUGGUGCACAAAACCAGGGAAGAUGGAUAAUAUCAAGAAAUGGUAGAUUUUUAGCAGAGCAACCCAAAAUAGAAUUCGACUCGGUGUUUAGUUCAUUUAAAGAUACUUUUUUAGACAAAAUGGGAUUACAAGAUGAGGAACAAAACCAAAUUAAAGAUGCCAUGCAUACAUUUUUUAAUAAUUUAGAUAUAUCUAGUUUAGAAAAGCAGAUUAAAGAGAAUCCAGCUAUGUUUCAACAAUUAGCGCAAAACCCUGGUAUGCCUGGACAGUUCCAAUUGCCACCCAAUUUAGUCGAGCAAUUUGCACCUCCUCCUGAUGUAUUAGAAAAACUUAGUCUCCCACCUAGUGUGUUAGAAAAGUUCGCACCACCUCCCCAUAUGUUUGAAAAUUUUCAAAAUAAUCCAAAUAUGUUUAUGCCAUUCCCACCAGUACUUCCCCCAAAUUUAACUGGAGAACCUCAUCCUGGAACAAGCUCAAUGUUUAAUGAUGGAGAAGCAAAACCUGGAACAAGCUCAAUGUUUAAUGAUGGAGAAACCAAACCUGGAACAAGUUCAAUGUUUAAUGAUGAAGAAGCAAAACCUGGAACAAGCUCAAUGUUUAAUGAUGGAGAAACCAAACCUGGAACAAGUUCAAUGUUUAAUGAUGAAGAAGCAAAACCUGGAACAAGCUCAAUGUUUAAUGAUGGAGAAACCAAACCUGGAACAAGUUCAAUGUUUAAUGAUGGAGAACCUAAACCAGGAACAAGCUCAAUGUUUAAUGAUGGAGUACCUAAACCUGGAACAAGCUCAAUGUUUAAUGAUGGAGAAACCAAACCUGGAACAAGCUCAAUGUUUAAUGAUGGAGAAACCAAACCUGGAACAAGCUCAAUGUUUAAUGAUGGAGUACCUAAACCUGGAACAAGUUCAAUGUUAGAUGCAGGAGCUGUACCAGGUCCAAGUUUUGGAAUGCCUGGACCAUUUCCUCCUCUGCCACCAUUCCUUGACCUAUUUGGACCACCUGGAGCAGGUCCAUGCCCAAACCCUGUUGGGCCUCCACCAUUUGUUCCAAAUUUAGAUUUCUUAGAACAGCUACAAAAAAAUGUAAAUUUAUUUCAGGAAAUUCAGAAGAAUGCAAGUUGUUUUCAAGGAAAUUGUGGUGCACCUAAAGAACAGAAAAAUAACAGUGAAAAAGAAAACGAAAAAAAGGAUAAUGCAAUUGAAGGAAAUAAGGAAGAAAAGAAUGAGUCAUUUCAGGAUGCAUCAGAAAGCAUAGAAGAGAAGAAAAAAGAAGCAUCUGCUGAGAAAGUAAAGGAAGAGAAAAAGGAGGAAGUAAGUGCUGAUGUAUCGGAAGAUAAUGAUGAAGUAUUUGUAGAUGCACUUGAAAGCCUUGAUGAUGUACAGCAGCCAGCACAUCAAGAAAAACCUGAACCUUGUGUAAAUAUAAGUGAUAAUGAUGCUCCUGUUAAGGAUUUCAUAUUUCAUCCACCAGUGAUAAAAUAUGAAAAAACUAGUGCACUUGCAAAUUACAUGAAUGUAUUAAAUUUUUUUGGUAUUAAUACAAGAUUUGCAGUAAAUACAGCAUUUUUAAUUGGACUUGCUUAUUAUGAGAUUAAAUAUUUUGUAUAUGCUAUGGUAUUUAUUAUAGGGCUAAAUUUAUUUAGGGAAAUGAAAAGCAUCUUUAACAAUUUACGUAAAAAAGGAACCCUUUUUUAA